GUCCAGUGGAACGCGACAACAACACAGCACCUUUUUAUAAACCCCACACAGCAACCUGCAUCAGAGCCUGUUAAGGCCCCAUAUUCAUGGCGGAAAAAGGAUUGUCCUCCAUUGCUGCCCUCGGGUACAUGAAUAACCGCUGCGGAUAUUGCAAAAGGACGGAUGAUGGCAGCCCUUCCUACUUUGUUUUUUGUAGAAGUCUUACCACAGAUGACUACAUCGACCUAAUGAAUCGUGGCUGGAGACGCUCAGGAACAUAUAUUUAUAAGCCGGAUGUUUUGCAUGCAUGCUGCCCACAUUACACUAUUAGACUAGAUGCCCAGCAGUUCAAACCAGCAAAGGAUCAGAGACAAGCCCUGAAUCGCUGGUCAAAACACAUUCUGGGAGAGAAAUAUAUCCAUGAAGCAGCGCGACUGCACCCGGUAUCCAAAGAGGAAAAAUCACGUCGGAAAAAUGAAUUUGAUUUGGUCCAUUCUUUGCACGAGUGCGAAUCUGCCAAUGUAAAGCGACCUCCUCAGCCUGAGCAUACAUUCGAAGUCACUCUAGAGCCGGACACCUUUACAGAAGAGAAGUACGCUCUUUACGCAAAUUACCAACGCAUUGUACACCGUGAAGAGCCCAAAUCUAUUACUAGAAAAGGCUUCAAAGGUUUUCUUUGCUCAUCCCCGCUUGUUAGGGAAGAGCGUAAUGUCAGUGGAAGGCCUCAGAAGCUGGGGAGUUAUCACCAAUGCUACCGCGUUGAUGGGCGUCUGGUAGCAAUGGGCGUACUUGAUCUGCUGCCAGACUGUGUCAGUGCUGUUUAUUUCAUGUAUUUUGAGGACCUGAACCAAUGGAACUUUGGCAAGCUUGGCGCCUUACGGGAGACUGCUUUGGCUGUAGAAGGCGGAUAUAAAUACUAUUACAUGGGCUUUUAUAUUCAUUCCUGCAUCAAAAUGCGGUAUAAAGCCGACUACAGGCCGCAGUACAUUCUCGACCCAGAAACGUUUGCCUGGACACCUUUAGAUGAUGACAUGAAGAAACGUCUCGAGACACGAAGAUAUGUCUCUCGAUCUCGCGACCAGCGAAUGGGCUUUGAUGCGAACACUACCCCUGAAGAAGCCGGUGUCAAACGCAUACCGGGAACAGAGGAACACGAGACAUCUGACGAGACCGCGCCUCCCUCAGGCAAAAAGAGAAAAACAAGACCCCCGAAAAGGGAAAAAUCGCUAUUCAAAGUCAAAAUGCCGGGCGUCAUGGCACCCGAGGAAGUCGAAGCAUCAUUGGAUCUCGGAGAUAUGCUCCUUCAGACGCAUAUUGUCCCUUAUCCCGUCCCCGCUCGUUACUUGGUCUCAUGGGAACGCGGCACCGCCAGCGACACCACCUCGAUGAAAGGCGCCUUUGCACAAGUCGCUGCCGUUCUCGGACCAAAUGUAGCCAAGCGCGUUGUUAUGGCUAUGCCGCCUCCCACAUCUGACGACUAUGAUGAAGAUGACGAUGAGGAGGAUGAAGAAGAGGAAGAAGAUUAAGUGUCACCAUAUUAAAGGAUUUAUAUUGCUCCUUAGGAUACGCGAAUAUAUAAAGUUUCUUGGGAAUUGACAUUUACACUUUUAUAAGUGAUUCUAGAUAGAAUAAGAGCAAACGACCCGAAAACGCCA